UCACCGUGGAUUUGUUCGCCGGCUCAGUCGCGUUCGGCGCGUCGUACGAGCAAGUGUGUUCUUGUUUGUUCUCACCCUAUUUCCAACUUCCUUUACAUAGCAUUUUUCCCAAUUCUUUGUCCAUACUCCGUCCAUCAUUAUUUCCGUCUCGACAAGGAAUCGUUUCUUGAGAUUUUUUAUAUUUUUGACGAAACGGCAAUCCGCGAAAAAAAAGCGCAAUCAAAAGGAUAAUCAAAAAUGCAUCGAACUUAAAAAACCAGCCCAAGGAUUCUCAUUAAAGAGUCGUCGAAAACAGUGUCCGGAAGAAUGUUCGAGGAUCACGACUCUCAGCAGUAAUCUCAAAUCCAGUGAAAUCGAUCCGAGGUGAAUCAAAGCGGAAAUCGUUUUUGGGCCAGAUAAGGUGAAACGAAAUGAAGUCGUCGGACGCUUAGUUACAAAUUCGAGAAGCCAUGAAUUUUUUGUGGCCAAAUCACCGAGUAAAAAACUUGAGAAUCGCGAAAUAACCGCGGUGAAGACGAACAAAGGACGAAAUGUCCGUGGAAGAAAUCGUGGAUAGGACCGAUGAUAAUCACACGUUCCAGAAAGAGGGAUCAACUUGGAAUUUUACGGAUUAUCCGGAUAUCAACGUCACGCAGCUAGAUGCAAACGCGACGAAGAUCGACUCUUUCUACUUCUACAAGACGGAACAAUUCACGGUCUUGUGGCUGCUGUUCGCGAUGAUAGUCGUGGGUAAUAUCGCGGUCCUAAUCGGCCUCCAAUGGGGCAAACGGCGUAAAACGCGGAUGGAUUUUUUUAUCAAACAAUUAGCGUUUGCUGAUUUAUUGGUGGGCUUGAUAUCCGUGCUAACGGAUAUAAUUUGGAAAACCACGGUGUCUUGGCAUGCGGGUAACGUUGCUUGCAAGCUGAUAAGGUUCAUGCAAGCUGUCGUUACGUAUAGUUCGACAUACGUGCUCGUCGCUUUGUCAAUCGACAGAUACGACGCCAUUACGAGGCCUAUGAAUUUCACUGGCAGAUGGUGGAGAGCUAGAGCCUUGGUGAUAAGUGCCUGGGGAUUAUCGGCAUUGUUUAGCGCGCCGAUCAUUUUCCUCUACGAAGAGAAGCGUGUAGAGGGGAAGACACAAUGCUGGAUAGACCUGGGCUCGCCUACGCAGUGGAGGAUCUACAUGAGCUUGGUCAGCUUCACCCUCUUUAUAGCUCCUACCCUGAUAAUAGGGGGCUGUUAUGCUGUGAUCGUGGCCACUAUAUGGUCGCAAGGGGGGGCAUUACGCCAGGGACCCACUAGGGACACCAGGAGGGUAUCGUCUCGAGGACUUAUCCCUAGAGCCAAAGUUAAGACGGUCAAAAUGACCCUCGUUAUAGUGUUCGUAUUCAUUCUUUGUUGGAGCCCCUAUAUAGUGUUCGAUCUCCUUCAAGUUUUCGGAUAUCUGCCAAAGACCCAAACUGUCGUCGCCGUUGCCACUUUCAUUCAAAGUUUAACGACUUUGAAUUCAGCUGCUAAUCCAAUAAUAUAUUGUCUCUUCAGCACGUCGUUUUGUAAAACUGUAAGAAAUACACAAGUGAUAUCAUGGGUUUCUGGGUGGUGUGCGACGAACCCACAUCAUUGUUUCGGCACUGGUGCUCCAAACAGUAGCACAAGGACGACAGUGACGACAUCUUUAACGGCUCAAUCUUCGAGAAGAAGCGGUCACAUCGCCAUGUUACAUUCUACAUCUAGGAAACGAGUUAUGGUGUCACUGGUGUAAUAAAUGGACGAUGAAAAAGAAACCUGAUCGCAUUUUCUUGAGUGAGAUACAUCUUAAAUCUGCAUAGAAUUCUUUCAUCGAAAAAAUUGCUCCUUUUGAGCUUCGACGAAGAGACUACGAGUAUUGUUAUGUCAAUCCAAAAUUAUCAAUGCUCCGUCUAUCUUUCGUGUAGACGUGGAUUUCUGAAAUUUUCUUUUCGAUCGUUUAUCCAUUCUUUUUUAUGUCUCAGGUAUACGAAAAAUUAAUACGAAAAGAGAUUAGAACUCUCUGUUACAGUACAAACUAUAUCUUAAUAUCAGUGCUGUUUAGCCUGCCAUUUUGCAGAUAAAGAAGCUUGCGGUUAACCAAAAGAGAUGCUGAGGGUAAAAUUAAUAACAAAAUUAAACUUUGGUCUUGUUACAUUACUUUUUAUCUAAAGCUUCUCGAUCUUGCCCGAAAAUAGCCGAAUAUUGCUUUCGGCUAUCCGAAUGUCGACCGAAGUUUCACGAUAUUGCCCGAAUGUUAUUCGCGACUUCUUAUCGCUCUGUACGUACAAGCAACUGCUGAACAACACCAACGUACGUAAUUAAUAUUAAAAUCAGGAGAAAAAUAUGAAUAAAAUAAGUUUUUUAUGCUCACAUUACAUGAUCAGUAUUUAAAGCAAAUUUGAUCGUGGUGUAUGUUUUUUUCAUCCUCUAAUUAAUUCCUUCAGAGUCAAAUCUUUUUUUGUCAAUUAUUUAUAAUAGAAUUGAUGUAAAAAUAUAAUGUAUUAAAGUUUGAGAUCUGUUUUACCGAAAGGAAAUAUAUUCAUUUAACGAUUAAUUGAAAUAUUACAUUGAUUAUAUGCGAUAUCGUGAAAAGAUUACAACCAAAGAUUGUUAUAUAAAAUUCUAAAACUGAAAGAACAAAUAUAAAUAGUUUAUUAACAGCGGACAGUGGCAUACGAAAAGUAAAGAACUAUAACUCGAAUUAUCGACUUAUUGAAUAAGUUUUACUUUGAUGAAGCUGUUUCAAACUUUUAGGAGGAUGGAGAGAACAUUAGCUUGGCGAAUCGAUCAAUUUAUGCGGAAAAUGAUACGCUCAAAAUAUACAUAUAUGUACAUAUAUACAUAGCGGACAUCAGCUUCAUGUGUACAUUAUAUACACAUAUGUGUCUAUAUACUGUACGUAUGUAUAUAACGUAAGCAUACACAAAUACAGGGUGGUUCAAUAACUCAUCGUUACCUUGAAUAUCUCUUAUAUUUCUUUACGAAAGUUGUAUCUACAGUAUGGGACUAUAAUAUGUAUAUAAUAAUUUUUUCAUACGUGAAAGAAUAAUCUGAAUACAUCUAAAAUAUGAUAAAAUAUGAUAAUGUAAUUAUAAUAAAAUAAAUAAAUGUUAAAUAAACAAUUUAUAUCAAUUCUUAAAAAAUCCUUAGUGCCUCUGAAAUGGAUAAAUUGGGAAGCAAUUUGGCCAUUGUUCUUAUCUUUCUUAAUAAAAAUUUUUCAUAUAACAUUUUAUUAUUUUUCAAUAUUUAUUGAAAUACAUUGAUCACUGAUAAUCAUUACUAAUAAUAAGUAUAGGGCAUUUAUUUCAUGUAUCAAAAAAUCCUAAGUAUUUUGUAGAAUUAUUUUUUUUAACCCAAAAAAGAAAAGAAGAAAUAAUAAAAAUUUCAAUUUCAAAAUUCUAAAUUUUAUCAUUUUAUCUACAGAAAAGAUAAAAGUUAGAUGGUCAAAGUUAUCAAACCACCUUGUAUAAGCAGACACAUACGUGUAAUCAUAAAUGUGUAAUAUAUUCAUGUAUUCCAUUCGCUCGUGAUCGUCGCGAAAACGUCCUUGCCCUCGGGAGUGCAAUUUUGCGAGCGAUCUACGAGAACGAUAAAUCAAUGCCCAAUAUUUUUCUCGACUCGAUCGAUGCGCAUCCCUGCGAAUGCGAAUAGCAAUUGUACAGCAUAUUCACCUUUGUAUCUCUAAAUGACACUGAAUAUCUUUAUAGUACAUCCAUGAACUCUAUUAAAUGAGAUUGAAAGUUCAACGAUAAAAUGGAUUUUCUCGUACAAAGAUUCGAUCGUCGAUGAAAUUGAAUAGUGAAUUUAAUCGACCAUUUCAACUUUCGUACUGCGUAUCGCGUGUUCAAAUUAAAUCGUACUCUGUAUAAGUUAUGUUUAAAGAGUAAUAGAUGAAAUUGUUUUUUAAAACUCGUUUUAUUCUUUAUUUAUUGUAUAUUUUAUUUAAAAAAGGAACAUGUUACCAUAUAUUUAUAUUUUCAUCGCUAAAGAAUUUGUACAUAUUAUCGAAUAAAUUCGUCCACGAUAUAAGAAUGUAA